UUUUAACUCUUCCUCCAAAAAUGCAUUCAAUCACUCAUAAGUCUGCGAUAAUGACUUGUAUUCUUGACCCGCCAGACCUUGUUGAUAGGUCAGAUGUCAGAUUUUUCAAAGUGUUUUUAUAUUACAUCGGCAAGACCCAAGACGUUGUCAGGAACAGAGAAGAGCUAUUUGCUAAUGCCACAGAGCCUGUCUGGACCCAAGUUUUGGAAAACCAAAGAUUUGACGCAUAUGAAUUCACUGGCUUAGAUCCUUCCUCUGUUUAUAAGUGAAAAGCUCAAAUACAUAUGAAGGACCUCAGUAAUGGAGAAGAUGAUGGGCGUAGUGUUGGUGAAAUUUUUGAACUUGAAGAAAUGGUAUUUAAUACAACCACAGAACCACUCCUAGAUGAACCUCUUUUCGAUGAAAAUUUCUCAUUAUAUUCAAGCAGAAACUUAGAGGAUCAAUUUGAUAGAAGCUCUGAUUUAUAUAACUUCCAAGUGAAACAUCUCAGACCUCCUCUUUGUGAAUCUGAGAAAGUACUCAAAGAUUUCUCGCAUCCCUUCGGAAUGCCAGGAGAGACUGAAGAAGAAAUCAGAGAGAAACGGAAGCAAAUUAAUAGCGAAUUAUUAGCUGCAAGAGGAACCAAAGACUGGAAGGAAUUUAUCAACCAAAGCUACAAAUAUACCCCACAUACAAGAGAAGGCAGACAAAAAAGAGUCGAUAGAUUACUCAUGAUAAGUAAUGCGAUAGAUGCCUUUGACGAGAUUCCCAAUGUCCCAAGAUAUGCAGGUGAUGAUCCAAAGAAGAGUAGGCAUUUCUUAAAGAAUGAUUGGUUCAUGGGGCCUUUCUAUUCAUACGAUGUCAAUUAUCUCAAUAAGGAUUAA